GUAAAUCAGUUUCUUUCGGGGGGGAAGUGAUCGCACGGAACGUGUAAUCUGAGACACAUUUGCGUCCGAGCCGAUAUUCGUGCGGACAGCUGGGCCGCUCACUGUGACAUUUGUAUGUGAUUCAUUUUAAGAACCUGCUUCGGCUUUGAUCCAGCUUACUGUUAAAACUCUAAUAUUAACAGACCCGGGACUGUACUGCUGCUGUGAUAACCAGAGCAGGUAUUAUCGCCUGUUUGUUAUCAGGGCUGUUGUUGUUUACAGCGAGGCUCACUGCGGAUGGACGUCAUGUUCGGGUUUGCGUGCUGCCAACAUUCAUAAGUCAACUGUGUUUGGCUCCAGCGGCUGGUUGGCUGCAAUUUCAUCCCAUACACCAGCCUGGAAUCUAACUCUACUCAGAGGAUGCCAAACACCAGUGCAAGACCCAAGCAUGGGAGGAGAGCCCGUAGGCGACGCAGAGUGGACCCUGCCAGAGACCAGCUGGUCUCCAGUUCCCUGGAAAGCGCCCAGCAGUGUCUGCUCAACCAGGAUUAUGGAACAGCUUUCGUGCACUACCUCCUCGUCCUCAACCUCGCACCUGUGUUCAAGGACUUUGCGCAGGAUUCUUUUAGAUUCACUCUCUUUAAAUGGGCCGAAGAGUUGGACUCUGUGGGCCGGAUUCAGGAACUCUUUGACUGUUAUGAACAAGCUCUGGAAAUUUUCCCUGCGGACGAGGUCAUCCUCAACAGCAUGGGAGAACACCUUUUCCGAAUGGGAUUUAGAGAUGAAGCUGCGGGCCAUUUCCACAAGGCCUUAAAGCUCAAGCCGGAUUAUCCAGAAGCCAGAGAGAAUUUCUAUCGCGUGGCCAACUGGCUGGUGGAGCGCUGGCAUUUCCUUAUGCUCAAUGACCACGGCAGGAACCGAAAGUACCAGCAGGCCAUUCAGAAGGCUGUUCAGAAUGGCUGCAACACUGUACUUGAUAUAGGUACUGGCACAGGAAUCCUUGGUAUGUGUGCUAAGAAAGCAGGUGCUGCUGAGGUGUACGCCUGCGAGCUGUCGAAGACAAUGUAUGAACUGGCCUGUGAGGUGGUGGCUGCUAACGGGAUGGAAGGGAGCAUCAAAAUCCUUCAUAAGAAAUCCCUGGAGAUGGAAGUACCAACAGACAUCCCACACAGGGUCUCUUUGGUGGUGACUGAGACAGUCGAUGCAGGACUGUUUGGAGAAGGCAUCAUAGAGAGUCUUAUUCACGCCUGGCAUCACCUCCUGCUGCCUCCAAAGAGGGGUGAGGGUGAAUUUAGAGAGGAUUGUACCACAGGUCGAGUCAUCCCUGCCGGAGCCACUGUGUUUUGUAUGGCUGUCGAGUGCCUUGAGAUCCGCCGGCAUCACAGGCUCUGUGCUGCAGAGGUGGGUGGUCUGUCCAUGGCUGCAGCAAGGGAACUCCGCAGUCCAGUGAGCUGCAGCUCUGAGCAAGAUGACUCCACGGAGCCGUACACCACAGAGAGACUUAGCCGGCUGCCUGGGGGAUACAGAGAGCUCACAGAACCGUUCACAGCCCUCACCAUAGAUUUCAACAAUGUUCUGGAACUGGAAGGCCUGAGCUCCAGGGAAGUUCGGGAGAUCCGGCUGCCGGUCACUCUGGAAGGAGAACUGGAUGCUCUUGCUGUGUGGUUCCAGCUCCAUCUGGACGAGGAGAACAGUCUGUCUACUGGACCGCAGGAGGACACCUGCUGGGAACAAGCCAUCUACCCUGUCCACAGUGCAAUGAGUUUUGUGCUAAAGCCACGAGAUGAGCUGAUUGUUGAAGUUUCCUGCCGAGACGCCUACCUGAGACUCUGCUGUGUCGCUGUGCUGAGAGAUGGUCAUAAAAUCUAUCUCGAUGAGCGUGUGGAUUUUCAGAACUCUGGACAACCCAUUCCAAACCCAAACCCAGAAGUGGAACUGUGCAGUGCAUUAGCUUGUCUCCAGACUAGUCAGAGCGACUCUGAAGACUUCUGUAUGCUUGAAUGUUCAGAGAUGGCACUCUUGAACAAUCAGGAUUACCAUCAGAGUUUUUGCAUCGCUCUAAACAAGCUCAUCUCAGGACUGAAGGUUAAAAGUCAAAACCUCAACACAGGAGGUACCGCCAUGUCUGCAGUGGAUAGCAGAUUACUCUACGUGCUGGAUGUGUCUGAGGGCUUCUCUCUGCUCUCCCUCAUCGCGGCCCACCAGGGUCAAGUAAAAGCCUACAGCUCUGUGGAGAAGACCAAGCAGCAGAACGUCCUGAGGAGACUUGCUCAUUCCAACAACAUCUCUGAGCAGCAUCUAGAGUUCUGGCUGAACCACACGGAGGACGAGCGGGGAGUCCUACAGCGGCCCUCCCGGGAGAAGCUGUGGAGCGCCAUCAUCCUGGACUGUGUGGAAACGUGUGGGCUCGUUAGACAGAAGCUGAUGGAGAAAGCUUCCUUGGCCAGGUUUCUGCUGGAAGAAGGAGGCCAUAUUUUUCCAGAGAAGAUAGUUGUUUAUGGUAUGCUGGUGGAGUCUGACACUUUGCUGCUGGAAAGUGCCGUCCAGGGCCGGGAACCAACACUGGGAUUUAAUAUCGCGCCAUUCAUUAAUCAGUUUACUGUACCGGUUCACGUUUUUUUGGAUUUUUCCACUUUGGAGUGCAGACAUCUCAGUGAGGCUCUGGAGCUCUUUGUUCUGGACCUCAUGGAUGCCAACGCCAACUACACUGAGAGGGAGGUCAUGGUGGAGGCCAUCUCAGGGGGCAGGAUUACUGCGAUUCCUUUCUGGUACCAGAUCCACUUGGACCAGAACAUCAGUGUGAGCACCCUCAGCCGGAACUCUCACUGGAAGCAGGCAGCUGUUGUUCUGCAGGAGCCCCUGCAAGUGCAAGCUAGAGACUGGAUCCGUCUCGCUGUGAAGCUUCACAAAAGCACCAUCUCCAUCUCUGCUCAUAUAGACAACACUCCCGUGCAGAUGGACUAAGCUCGUGUUGUACCAUUGUUUUAUACAUUUUAAUGUGAGCUCAUUGUUAGACAGUCUGCAGGAAAUCGAUUAAAACACAUUUUCUGGCGCGGCGCUGAUAGAGGCUAUAGUCCUCGAAGCGGCCGUCCUGGGUUCGAGUCCCGGACCCGGCGAGCUUUGCCGAAUGUCUCCCCUUCUCUUUGCCCCUCCUUCCUGUCUGCCUACUAUCAAAAAUAAAGGCCUCUAGUGCCAAAAAAAUUCUUUAAAAAAACCCCCACAUUUUCUUUAUUCUGGUAAUAAAAUAUUCAGCUGUAGUUUUGAAAUGUAACACCAAUCUUUAAUGGUCAGAGAUUUAGUAAUCACCUGCAUGACAAACAUUUUAAGUGCCCUUGGGACAGAACUGCGCUAGUGUUUUAGUAAUAUUCAUGUAGAUUAAGCUGCGGGAUGUACAUUUUCAUAGUACUUCUAAAAAUGUACUGUGACACUUCAAAUGUCUUUAUGGACCCAGACGCUGUAAAAAUAUUUGUAUCUAUGAAAACUGUUCUCCAAUGCCAGUAACAUUUUUUAAUAUACAAUAAAAAUGUUGUUUUUGGUCA